AUGCUGCCCCUCAGCCGCGGGCGGCCCCGCCGCUGGCAGCACCCGCUGCUCCUCCUGUCAGCGCUGCUGUGGGCUCCGGCGCUGAUGGCUUUCAACCUGGACGAGGAGAAGCUGACGGUGUACAGCGGGCCCCCGGGCAGCUACUUCGGGUACUCGGUGGACUUCUACAUCCCCGACCCCAGCACGGUCAGUGUCCUGGUGGGAGCUCCCAAAGCCAACACCACUCAGCCGGACAUCGUGGAAGGAGGAGCGGUGUAUUACUGCGCCUGGCCCGCCGCCCGGUGCCGGCAGAUCCCCUUCGACAACACCAACAACAGGAAAAUUAAAGUCAAUGGCACCAGGGAACCUAUUGAAUUUAAGACAAAUCAGUGGUUUGGGGCAACAGUCAAAGCUCAUAAAGAGAAAGUUGUGGCUUGUGCUCCUUUGUAUCAUUGGAGAACCCUUAAAGACAGCCCAGAGAAGGACCCUGUUGGCACCUGCUAUGUAGCAAUUCAGAACUUCAGUGCCUAUGCUGAAUAUUCACCUUGUCGCAACAGCAAUGCAGAUCCUGAAGGACAAGGCUUUUGUCAAGCAGGUUUCAGCUUAGAUUUUUACAAGAAUGGAGACCUGAUAGUAGGCGGGCCCGGUAGUUUUUAUUGGCAAGGUCAGGUAAUCACUGCAAGUGUUGCGGACAUCAUUGCAAAUUAUUCCUUCAAGGAUAUUCUGAGGAAACUGGCACGAGAGAAGCAAACAGGAGUGGCACCACCCUCAUAUGAUGACAAUUACAUGGGAUACUCAGUGGCUGCUGGGGAAUUUACUGGGGAUUCUGAACAAGAGCUGGUUGCUGGAGUCCCAAGGGGAGCACAGAACUUUGGCUAUGUCUCAAUAAUUAAUUCCUCUGACUUGACCUUUAUCCAGAACUUCACUGGUGAGCAGAUGGCGUCCUAUUUUGGGUACACAGUUGCAGUAUCUGAUGUUAACAAUGAUGGUUUAGAUGAUAUCCUAGUCGGUGCCCCUCUUUUUAUGGAACGAGAAUUUGAGAGCAAGCCUAAAGAAGUUGGGCAAGUUUAUCUGUACCUGCAGGAAAGUGCAUUCCUCUUCCACGAUGCACAAAUUCUUACAGGCACUGAAGUGUUUGGUAGAUUUGGCAGUGCCAUCACACACCUUGGAGAUCUCAAUCAGGAUGGAUAUAAUGACAUUGCUAUUGGUGCACCAUUUGCAGGAGAAGACAGAAGAGGGAAAGUGCUCAUUUACAAUGGACACAGUAAUGGGUUAAAUCCUAACCCUUCCCAGGUUCUCAAUGGAGCCUGGGCCUCUCAGUCCAUGCCUUCGGGAUUUGGCUUCACUCUGAGAGGAGACUCAGAUGUAGACAAGAAUGAUUACCCAGAUUUAAUUGUGGGUGCAUUUGGAGCUGGAAAAGCAGUUGUUUACAGAGCCAGACCUGUUGUGACAGUGAAUGCUCAUCUUAUUCUGAACCCCAUGAUUGUGAAUCCAGACAAUAGAACCUGUCAGCUCCCCGACUCUCAGCUUUUGGUGGCCUGCUUUACUGUAAGAGUCUGCGCAGAUUUUGAAGGUCAAAGUAUUUCAGAUCAGAUAGUGCUGAAAGGUGAAUUGCAGUUAGAUUCAUUGAAACAGAAAGGAGCUGUUAAGAGGACCCUCUUCUUUGAUUACCAUCAGUCACAUCACUACUUCUCUAUUGUGAUAGAAAGACAGAAACAGCUCCAUUGCCAGGACUUCCUUGUUUAUCUCAGAGAUGAAACAGAAUUUAGAGAUAAAUUAUCUCCCAUCAAUAUAAACUUCAAUUAUAGUUUGGAUGAGUCCAGUUUCGAAGAUAGUUUGACUGUGAAGCCAAUACUGAACUAUUACCAGAAAAACUCCCUAGCAGAGCAGGCUUACAUUCUGGUUGACUGUGGGGAGGACAAUUUAUGUAUUCCUGACUUGCAACUUUCUGCAGUGCCGGAUACAGAUCAGCUAAUAAUUGGAGAAGAAAACUGUGUCAUGCUCAUAAUAAAUCCAAGGAAUGAUGGGGAAGGAGCCUAUGAAGCUGAGCUACAUAUAAAGAUUCCACCCGAAGCAGAUUACACUGGGGUCGAACGCAACAACAAGGCCCUGCGUGUGUUGAGCUGUGAUUACAAGAUGGAAAACGAAACUAGAAUGGUGGUUUGUGAUCUUGGGAACCCCAUGGUGGCUGGCGCAAACUUCUCCGCAGGCAUUCGAUUUUCUGUUCAGCAUUUUGAAAAUGCAGAUUUCAACAUCAAUUUUGAGCUGCAAAUAAAAAGUUCUAACAAGAUAAAUCCCACCAGCAACUUAGUGAACCUCCAUAUCAACAUCAGUGCUGUGGCUCAAGUACAGAUCAGAGGAGUGUCUCACCCCCCAACAAUUAUUUUGCCACUUCACAACUGGGAACCCAAAGAUGAACCUACAAAAGAAGAAGAAGUUGGUCCUUUAGUAGAACACAUCUAUGAGCUGCACAAUAUAGGACCAAGUGCCAUCAACCAUACAGUUCUCCAUGUUGGUUGGCCUGUGUCCAGUAGAGAGGAAUUUCUUCUUUAUAUUCUUCACAUUCAGACACAUGGACCAUUGCACUGUCAAACAAGCUCUCCUAUUAAUACAAUGCAAAUAAAGUUUGCUGUUCCAGAAGACACUCCUGAACUUGCUGCUUUUUUAUAUAAUUCCACAAUUUCUCAUUACAUCAGGAGAAGGGAUGUUGCAGUGGCAGAACCUCACAGGAAAAACUCUGCAAGAAUAUUGAACUGUACAAAUGUGAAGUGUGUCUUAAUUUCGUGCACUGUGGGACAGCUGGAAAGAGGAAAGAGUGCUGCACUAAAAAUCAGGUCCCGGCUCUGGGCACAAACAUUCCUGGAGAGAAAAAAUUAUCUCUACAGUCUUUCUUCCAAUGUUUCCUUUGAAGUUAAGAGCAUGCCAUAUAAAGUGCAACCAGCAAAGCUCCCUGAGGGAAGCAUAGCAAUCAGAACAUCUGUCAUUUGGUCCACCCCAAAUGUGUCCUUUGAGAUCCCUUUAUGGGUUAUAAUACUAGCCAUACUUCUUGGACUACUAGUACUAGCUCUGCUGACCCUAGCUUUAUGGAAGUGCGGCUUCUUUGACAGAGCUAGACCUCCUCAAGAUGAUAUGGCUGACAGGCAACAGCUGACAAAUAACAAGACUACUGAUGCAUAA